GGUCACAAAGAUUGAAUUUCCCAGUAUUUUUUACUUUUAUUUAAAAGUUUAGCAAAAUAUAAACCUCGAUAUUGAAACUUCUUCAAAAAGAAAAUUAUCAACAAUGCAAUCGGAACCUAAUAAAACAAGCGUAUGACUGUGAUGGAUUAUCAUUUUGUUUUCUACUCAAUUUAAAUUUCGUAGCCUCUUAUAGUGUCGUAUAUUGUUGAAUGCCAUCCCCAGGUAUCCAUUUUCCUUCCUUGCGUGGUUUUAACAUCCUUUCUGCAUCGCCAUGAUUAAGUUCGCAAAUUUGCUAAUGCCAUUUAUGGUUUUUUCGGAUUUUAUGGCACCGCCACCAAAAGUCCAUAACUUCAUCGCUUCAGGAAGAAACACACGUCGGAAUUUCAUUGUCUCAUCUACACCAAAGAGGUCCAACGAGCCCAACACAUUACAAACACCGUUGCAAAUUAAUCCUACCGUUGUAGGAGAAAUGGAAGGAAUUGGUAGAAUAUCUGUGGCGACAAAAGAAUCAAUAAAGCACAAUAAAUCUGAAAUAGUAAAAUCCUGGGGACAAGAAUAUCCUGCCAAAACGAAUAUAGAGCUGGAAGCGAAUGGAGUAACUACGGCUGCACUGAAAUCGUCUGUGUCAUCCUCUGCUAAAACUUCAAUGAAGUAUACUGGAACUGAAAUAUUGACAUCAUCUAUGAAGACAUCUACUACUAGUAGUAGCAGUGGAGCAUCUGAAGGUGAAAAAAUAUCUACGAUCACAAUGAAAUCAACUAUGGAUGAUUCUACUGAAACGUCUAAUAUACCUGACGAGAAAACAUCAACAGUAAGUAGUUCGUCAGAUUUAGAUGUCACUUUAGAAGCUGAAGAGGCUGUAAAUAGUGAAAUUAAGUUAGAUAGAAAUAGUUCAAAGGAUGAACUAGUUAAACACAAUGUGCUGAAAGUUAUUAGAAGAUCGGGUUUUGAAACUGCACUCGAUGAAGAUACCAAUAGUAAAAUAAAUACAACUAUCAAUGCUGAUAAGCCAAUAUUUAUAGAUGAUCAGUCAGAUUCAAAAGCUAUUGAUAAUUCUAAAAAUAAUAAUAGUCGAAGCUCAGGAAAUCUAACUGCUUUCGCCACAGAUAGAACUGGAGAAAUGCCUUCAGUUAUUACCAACUGGUCGGAUUCGUUUGGUAGCGAUUUGGAAACUGAUAAUGGGUCGAACAGCAAUAUCGGUGAUAACUCUGACCUUCUUUUGGAACCUCAGAUUAUUAUCGAAGAAGCUAACAAAAAUGACAUUCUGGAAUCUUAUACAGCUUUUGUCACCAAGAAAAGCACUACUAGUGUCUCAAAAGCUGAAACUUUUUCAGACAGUGAUACGUCUAUUGAAAGUUUGAAUCCUAAUUCCUCCGAAAUAAAUAUUGGUGAUGAUUUAGUCGAAGAUACUAGUGGUGAGAUAUCCCAAAUUGAAGUUGAUAGGUUUGAUUGA